CUCACAAAGCCCAUCGCAAUACCAGCCACCAGCGCCAAGCUAGGAUCGCCUUUCAUGCGAGCCUACCCACCGUGGCUCACGAGCUACAGCAUUGACCGCGUGGCCUUCCUCGGCUUCCUCGACGAUCUCAACCGUUGUGCCGUCGCCAACCCACCAGUCCAAGUUCUAGGACUAGCCGCACAGGUCGUCGGCCUGGUUCCCCUGGCGACCGCGCAGAUUGUCGGCGGCGCCGUCCAACUAUCCGCCAGCGUCGCGACUUUUGCCCUCAGCAAGGGACGGACCGAGAUGUGUCUCCGGGACGCGAAUCGGAAGCUGUUCGCUCCCCAGGGGCUCAAGGUCGAGGUGGCAAGGCUGGACGCAUUGGCCAAGAUUGCCGAGAUUCCGGUCCUGGACCCCGUGACUGGCAAGCUUGACAAGAAGGCGCCCGUGCUGCUCCCGCUGGAGGGCGUGGAAGCCUACUCUCAGGGGUUGAGUGCGCAGCAGAGGCGACUGGAUUCGCUGCAGGAGUGGAUUGCGCCGCUGGAUAUGGCGCCGCUGCCGGAGGUGAAGCAGUCAACCAAUGUCCUUGGGAAGAUCCACAUGAUGGCCAGCGAAGGCCAGAGAAAGAAAGAGGAGAAGAAGAUCCUUAAGGACAGAGAGAAAGCGCUGGAGAAGCAUCAUGACAUCAAUAAGGACCAGGAGAAAGAGAGGUCGAAGUUCGGGAAAGAAAUGCAGAAGCUGGAAAGGGAGGAAACGAAAGUGAGGCUCAAAAGGUCAUCGUCAACGAGGACAACGCUCAAGGACUUGAGAAAGGUUGACAAAGAUAGGGAAAAGCUGGUGAAGGAACAUGAGAAGGAGAUGGAGAAGCUGCACAAGGACAAAGGGAAAGAGGAUAAAGAGGAGAAGGGUAUUCGGAAGAUUUUGUGGUUGGUCAUU